AAUCAUCUCUAAAAAUUUCAUCCCCUUUUCUAUUUUUUCUCUCUUAAACUUUUGAGAGUCAGCAAAAAUGGGUUCAAGUUCGACCUGGACACCAAAGCAAAACAAGUUGUUCGAAAAUGCUUUGGUAAUUUACAACAAGGAAAGUCCGGACCGGUGGCAGAACCUGGCCAACGCUGUCGGGGGCAAAACCGUGGAGGAAGUGAAGAUGCAUUACUACAAUCUUGUUGAAGACAUCAAGCAGAUUGAGUCUGGCAAUGUGCCUUUACCCCCUUAUGGUAAGAAACCAGGAGGAGGUAGCAAAGGAUAUAAUUGCAUGGAUAGCGUACAAAGGAUGAGGAAUCUGAGGCUUCGCUGAAGUUGUACCUUCAUGUACUUCUUUUCCAUAUACGUGCUUCAGGGUUUCACUAAAGACAAUAUUUUCAUAGACACAAUAUAAGUAUAAAUAUAUAUCCAAUUAAUUAUAAUUUAAGAUUAAAUCAAUGAAAAGUAUAAUAGGUGAAGAAUCGAAAAUAAAAGAAUAUACACGUGUUGGGAUUAAAGACCCACACAUCAUAAUUACGAAUGGUGAACUCAAAGUUAGGUAACAAAAGAUCCAGAGCCUCCAUCAUAAUCAACAAUGUCAAUGCCCCAUUAGUAUAUAUACUAUGUUAAAUGCAUCGGUUUCAUAGCAUUGAUACAUGACGGAAAGUUCCUUGUAUACCGUUGUAUUUUAUCUUUAUGAAUAUAUAUAUAUGGAGGAAUUUACUUGUACUAGUAUAAAAUUAAAAUAAUUUUACAUGCUUCGUAAUUUUUGUACGAAUAAUAUUUUAACAAUCGAUCGUUAUA